AUUGUUGGUGUACUAUAUGCCGAAAUUUGUGCGACGAUAUUAUAUUAUUUCAGCAAUAUUAUUGCAAAAGCAGAUAUAAAACUUUUGGCAGAAAGUGAUGAACAGGAAGUCGUUAGAGAAGUACAUGAAUACUAUGCGGAUUAUUUAGCAAUUAAUCCACAUUUAUUUUCACUCGGCAUAAAUGCAUGCUCAGAAGGACUAACAUGGGAUCCAGUGCAUUUAUAUAGAACUGCCCAAGGAAUAACUUCUGUUUUACUGUCACUAAAGAAAUGCCCAUAUAUUAGAUAUCAAAAUAGUUCCGGCAUGGCUAAGAGAUUAGCAGAAAAAAUAAGGGAAGUGCUUAGUAAAGAAUCUAAUUCUUUUGAAUUCAGACAGGAAUCUAAUCCUAUCCUUCUAAUAGUUGAUAGGAGAGAUGAUCCUGUUACACCUCUAUUAAAUCAAUGGACAUAUCAGGCAAUGGUACACGAAUUAUUGACAAUCAAUAAUAAUCGCGUUAAUUUAUCUCAUGUUAAAGGCAUCUCAAAGGAAUUAAAAGAAGUUGUUCUAAGUGCAGAACAUGACGAUUUUUAUACAAGU